AUGAAGUACGGUCCUCUGGCAUUUCUUGUGCUGACGCUGCUGUGGGGCAUGCAGCCUGCAGCAGCAGACUUCAGACUAAGCGCACCCCGCAACAGGGCGGUGGUGAGUGUGUCGAGGGGAGCAGCUAGAGUACGGCUAGAGUGGAAGGACGACGGCGACGAGCCGCAACUGAGCGACAUCGAUAAUGUCAAGAUCCUCCUAUGCGGCGGCCCGAACGCCAACCUGGUGUGUCUGCCGGAGGCAGAGUUUCUGGGUUCGCUGGAUAAGAACGCCAUCCGCAAAGGCUCCUACGAUGUGGAAAUACGGCAGGGGGUCGUCCACGACGGCGUGUAUCUGUUCCAGCUUUACAGCACCAUGAACCGCGGCCACACCAUCCAAUACACGCAGCGCUUCCAGCUCAGAGGCAUGACGGGCACACGCGCGUUGCCCGAAAGCAGCGACCUAGACCCGCCGGCGCGUGCCGUACAAAUCGCGGGCUUGGAGCCGUGGAGGGUGCCAUACACAUUGCAGACGGGGCGCAUCCGGCACGCGCCCAUGCAGACGCAGCCAGGCACGAAAGUGACCGCGCGAACAUGGACACGUCGAUACCCGACGACGGGCGUAAGCUACUUCCCGUCGCCCAUCCCUACGCUGCUGUUGCAGGACUCGACUGUCACGAUGGGCUGGUCCUACACGAUGUCGUCGGCGGUGAACUACGCGCCGCACGCGCCGUUCCCGAGCGCCAUUGGCUGGUACGACCCCGCAGAGCGCCUGACGAAGCGCCCGCGCAGGCUCAACGUCAUCAAAACGCUGCCCUCAUCCACCACCUCCUCCUCCGGGGCCUCCGCGGCAACGACAACAUGA